AUGAAUAAGCAGGAGGGAUCUGAGAGCAUAAGGGACGAGGACACACGAUGCGGCUGGUUCGGCUUCUCGCCGUCGGUGGCGCAGCGGUUCGCGAGGCCUCAGUGGGUGCUGGUGUGCUUCAGCAUGGCCGCCUUCGCUCAGGGCAUGGUGAUCAGCGGCUUCAUCAACGUGUCGCUGCCCACGCUCGAACGCCGCUUCCACCUGCGCAGCGUCGAGACGGGACUCAUUGUGGCCAUGUACAACGUCGGCUCGCUCCUCCUUAUGGCGCCCGUGACCUUCUUCGGCAGCGAGAUGAAAAAGCCGCGGAUCAUGGCCAUCGGGGUCGCAUGCAUGGGCCUCGGCUCAUUCAUCUACAGCCUGCCGCACUUCGUGGCCCCGCAGUACAAGUUUAGCCGACCUCUGAAAGACCUAUGCCCGUACGUCAGUGGACCAACGUACGAACCCAGCGGCUCCCUUCGAAACUACCGCUUCAUCUUCAUGCUCGCCAACUUUGUGCACGGCUGCUCCACGGUACCUUUCUACACGCUUUCAGUGGCCUACAUGGAUGACAACCUGUCAGCCCAGAAGUCCAGCUGGUACAUUGGCAUCUACUACACCGCAGCCAUCAUGGGGCCAGCGAUCGGCUUCAUUCUGGGAGGCACGUUUCUGAAAACGUACACUGACAUCAGCGUAGACGCCGCGAGCAUCGGCCUGUCGCCGUCCAGCACCGUGUGGGUCGGCGCCUGGUGGAUAGGCUUCGUGGUUACCGGCACCCUGGCCCUGAUUCUGUGCGGGCCCAUAUUCGGAUUUCCCAAGAGACUACCGGGUGCGGUGGCUGUCCAGAAGCCGCUCGAAGUGGACGCGCGAGCGCUCAGGGGUGACUCGGUGCAGGUGCGACUCGCCGACAUGCCCAAGGCCGUGCGUUACCUGCUGACAAACCGCACGUUCCUGUUCAUCAGCCUGGCGGCCACUAUCGAGACGAUGAUCGGCUCGGGCUACUCGAACUUCGCCGCAAAGCUGUUUGAAUCCGAGUUCGGCAUGACCUCGGCUAACGCGGCACUGCUGUUUGGCAUGAUCGGGAUUCCCAGCGCGUGUUUGGGCUGCUUUCUGGGCGGCUACGUGGUCUCAAAGCUGAACCUGAGCUGCGCCAGCAUCAUCCGUAUGUGCAUCGCAGUCUCCGUGUUCAACUGGUUCGUGUUCUUCGCGCUGCUCAGCUCCUGCCCGGACAUAAACUUCGAGGGAGUCGACAGAGAAAGCAAGAUUGUACUCACGUCCAAGUGCAGCAGCAGCUGCGCGUGCCCGCUCAGCUUCAAUCCAAUCUGCGGUCGGGACUUGAAGAUGUACAUGUCGCCGUGCCUAGCCGGCUGCCGCAACGAGACCCAGGACCCUGUGGCCGGAACCACGUUGUACACUGAGUGCGACUGCAUAGCCUUGGAGGGAGACAGCGACAACGACGUAGUGGAGGCCGAACGGGUGCGCUGCACGCAGGAGUGCUCUGCGUACUUCAUCUACAUGGCGGCCACCUUCUUCUGCCUCUUCAGCACGUUCUUCAUCAGUGCGCCUGGCAUCAGCGUCACCAUCAGAUGUGUCACAGCCAAGCAGAAGUCGUUCGCUUUAGGAGUACAGUGGGCGUGCAUCCGGUUCUUGGGCACCAUCCCGGCGCCACUAAUCUUCGGGAAGACCGUGGACAUGGCCUGCGAGAUCUGGUCGUCCGUCUUCAACGGCGAGACGAACGAUUCUGGCAACUGCGCCAUUUACAACAACGCAGCGCUGAGCCGCAACAUGGCCACUCUGCUGGUGCUGCUGAAGACCAUGUCGGUGGCUCUGUUCGCGUGCGCCAGCCUCUCUUACCAGCCGCCCACGUCGCCGACGUCGUGAACGCAGCUUCCGCUAAAAAACUGCCGAUAUAGCUGCGGAUCAACGCCGUUCACGUUUACUGCGCGCAUAUAAACAUCUACCUACUGAGUGGGAACAGUUGCAAUUACCGCUGUAAAACACACAUUAUUAGUAGUAUACAAAAACUCAUUUAGAUUACUUGCAGCUACUAAUUAUUACUCGAUUGUUCAUACAGCUUCAAGAAAGAAAUUUAAAGCGAUGAAUAAGAAACCCGGUGAUCUU